CUGCAUUCAACCAGACAGGGACCACAGGGGGGCGGGCAAUGCUUAAACCUCUCGACUAAACCCAAUGAUCUUGGCUGUCACACGCCUUCAGCGCUCACACGAGAAGGACGUAGUUACGUUCACAGUUUGCAGACAUUGUACUUCAAAUCUAAAUCAAACGUGAAGGGGUGAAUUCAUUCUACAUUUCAGUGUCUGGCGCUUUGUUGAGAUAUAGGCUAGAAGAGCGCUCAUGAGGCUGGAGACUAUGGGAGCGCCAGCUUGAAGUCCGCGGCAUAGCCAGCUCGCAGAGGAAUUCGCUUUGUUUCCAGUCCACGACCACGUUCUAUACCUUCAUCCAGAAUGGAUAAUUCAGAAAAGGAAAAUAAAUCUGAUGAAGAUUCAGAAUCGCCAGAGGAAGAGGAGGUGGAUCCCAGAAUUCAGGGUGAAUUAGAAAAACUGAACCAGUCCACAGACAACAUCAACAAAUGGGAGACAGAGUUGGAGGACUCGAGGCAGAGGUUUCGUGCCGUCUUGGUUGAGGCCACCAUGAAACUGGAUGAGCAGGUGAAGAAGAUUGGCAAAGCUGUGGAAGAGUCCAAGCCAUACUGGGAGGCCAGACGCAUGGCCAGACAGGCCCAGUUAGAGGCUCAAAAGGCCACUCAAGACUUCCAAAGGGCCAUCGAGAUCCUCCGGGCAGCCAAAGAGACCAUUGCCCUGGCUGAGGAGAGGCUCCUGGAGGAGGACAGCCGGCAGUUCGACUCCGCCUGGCAGGAGAUGCUCAACCACGCCACUCAGAGGGUGAUGGAGGCUGAACAGACCAGGACACGCAGUGAACUGGCACACAGGGAGACGGCGGCCAAGUACAACGCCACCAUUAGCCACAUGAAGCAACUGGAGAAGAAGCUCAAACGCACCAUCAACAAGUCCAGGCCAUACUUUGAAUUGAAGGCAAAGUAUUACCUUCAGUUGGAGCAACUGAAGAAGCAGGUGGAUGAGAGGCAGGCUAAGCUCACCCAGGCCAAGUCCGAGUACCGCACUGCCCUCCGUAACCUAGAGACCAUCUCUGACGAGAUUCACGCCCGGCGCCGCCUCUCCGCCAUCGGCCUGCGGGGGCGUGGUGUGGGCGCCGAGGGUGAUGGGUCCGGAGAUGACAUCGCCAACUUCAAAAUGGAGUCCGAUGGCAUUUCCAUGAUGUCCGAAACCUUUGAGGAGGAGGGCAGCAAUGGCGUCUCCUCGGAGGAGGACCAAGAGACCCAGUCCUCCUGCAGCCACAGCUCCUGCCCCAACACGCCCCUAGACCUGCCUCGCCCCUAUCCCUUCUCCCCCUCCUGCUCUUCAUCCUCCACUUCACCUCGCCCGCUGUCCUCUUCCUGCCCCUACCCUUCCUCCUCUGACGACUUCUCCUCCUCCUCACUCUCGUCUCCAUGCGCGGGUGGCCUGGAGCUACCGGACGCCGGGUCUCUGGAGGGACUGGGCCAGGUAUCGCCGGUUUUGGGCCCGCGGAGCGAGUGCAGUGGAGCGUCCUCACCGGAGUGUGACCAGGAGAGAGGGGACCGGGCAGAAGGUGUUGAAGGGAAACCUGACCCCUCCAGUGUCUCGUCGCCCCCGAUUCAGAAGAGCUCACAGUUGGAGGAGAGGCUGAACAAACUGUCCCUAGAAAGCGCUGAGGCAAAGGACUCUGAGUCUAACCCUUUCACUGUGACCCCUGACCCUGCACCGGCCCCUCCCCUGCUUGUACUAAAUGGGGUCUAAAAGAGGGCCAAUCACACCCCCUACCCCCCUUUACUUCCCAAAACAAGAGGACAAGAAAGCCUGUCUAACACUACCGUGUGCCAGAAUAAUCUUUGUGUUGUGGUCGUCCCCCCGUCCUAUGUGAGGUGGGACUUUGACUGUUAGACCACCUUUGUCAGUGUUUCCGGAAUAUUCUGCCUCUGAGAUGGUUGGAAGAUGAAACACAUGAAAACCAAUGAACAAUAUUAAAGACUUGAUGAAAGGAUAAAGUGAAAAGACGUGUGACAGGACACUAUACGCGUGUGGAACUGAAGCCCCUUGGUAGGCUGAGGAAUCUUCGUUGUUUCUUCUUUCCAUACCUUCUCACAUACUGCGUGAAACCUACCUGUGUUGUUUUUUUAUGUGUAAUGUUCUGACUCUUCACCAUGUACAAAGUGAUCGAUGUAUUGUAAAAAAGAAAAAAAAAUACUCUGAUGACGUUUCCAACUGUAGUACCCCAGUAUUUUUUUCAUGCUACCAGUAUUAUUAAUGGUCCUCUCUCUAGUUUCCAGGUAUAAACAUACAUCUAUAUAUUUAUAUUCAAUGUUUGGAUCGUUUGUUGACCAGUGUGUGUUCACCAGAACAGAGUCCCUGUCUGUCGGAGUAAUAAACUCAUGUUUGCACCGUC